AGUUAGAGUGUAAUCCAUCUAAGUAGCAAGGGUGAGGUUCGUAAAGACAAACACUUCCAGUGCAUUAGGUCCCAGUGCGCUUUGGAGACGCCUUCGCGCAAUGGUGCUAUAGGGAUACUUUUACGCACUAGUCCAAACCUGUUACUUCAGUUGCAUUUGAAAGAAGCAGACCUAGUCAUGUUUCCUUUACCGAUGUUCACACCUGAACAGGUGGCUCGAGUCUGUGAGAAUCUAGAGGAAACUGGAGAUAUUGAGCGCUUGGGGCGCUUCCUCUGGUCCCUGCCCGUGGCCGUUCCGGGCUCGGCCGGUGAACUUCUCAACCGCCAUGAGUCGGUGAUGCGAGCCCGAGCGCUCGUCGCUUUCCAUGGAGGAAAUUUUGAAGCUCUCUACCAGAUCCUGCAGAGUCACCGCUUUACGCGAGAGUCCCACGCCAAACUGCAGGACCUGUGGCUGGACGCGCACUACCGUGAAGCGGAGCGCCUGAGAGGGAGACCGCUGGGUCCGGUGGAGAAAUAUCGCAUCCGUAAGAAGUUUCCCCUCCCUCGCACCAUCUGGGAUGGCGAGCAGAAGACACAUUGUUUCAAGGAGAGAACCCGUAGUCUCUUGAGGGAAUGGUACCUGCAGGAUCCCUAUCCAAACCCUUCCAGAAAACGGCAUCUGGCGCAGGUUACAGGUCUCACACCCACUCAGGUGGGCAACUGGUUCAAAAACAGAAGGCAGCGGGACAGAGCGGCAUCUGCUAAAAACAGACUGCAGCAAGACCCCUCCCACCAUCCCUCUGGUAGCUCUCCGGAAUGUUCCUCCUCAGAGCACAACCCCCACCUCCAGGGCUCCUCCCCACGACAUCCUGGCAGCCCAGAGAACAGUGACUGCAGCUCGGGUACAGGGCCUAGGGGGACCGGGGCUUCCACGCCAGACAUAUCAGUCAGCAGUGACAGUGAGUUUGAGUCAUGAAGAUCUCCUGGACCUGCCAUCUAUACUGCACAGACUACCAAAAACAAUGAAAAGACAUAUAAAUAAUGAAUAUAUAUUGUCUGGAGAGUUCUGAGGGCACCGUGGAGGAGGCUGGACUGCUAUAAAGUAUUUUUUGAAAGCUGAUAGAUGCACUUAAAGGAACGACUGACCACAUCUUUUAAAUCAGCGUAUAAGGGACUAUUUUACAUGUGAUUUUGCUGUUUUAAACAGAUUUUUUUAAUUGUCAAAGCAGGCACAUUUGGGCUCUGGGUUUUCUGGGAAAAACGACACAAUCAGAAGCUAAUGCUUUUUUGUUUUUAAUGCAAUGUUUCCUUCUUGUUUAGUUUCUUCCUUACCAAAGCAGACCAUGACUAAACUGUGCACUUGAAACUGACUUCCAGUGGACCUCUUAAAAGGCUUAUGUCAAAUAAAUCUCUUGUGGUUCAUUGACAUUACCAAUCCAGAAAUCAAUUAUUCAUUUUUUUUUUUUAAAUCAUCCAAACACUCAGGUGGCACAGAAUAUGAGAGACAUAUCUUGCAUGAGGAUAUAUAAUGCAGAUUGUUUAUUUUGAAGUCUAGUCUUGCUACCACUUAAGAACAUUGCAUCAAUUUCAUUUUCUUUAAUCAGUAUUUUUGUCUUGUUUUUCACUAUAAAUAAACCUAUUUUAAUUUUGUUUAAACCUAUUUGCAAAAUAAACUUAAUUCAAGAUAUAUAUUCUUUGAAAACAAUCUUAAUAUCUCAUGCAGUUUUGCUUCUCAAGUAAAUUGAUCUUGUUUUAAGGAUUUUAAAUAUAUAUAUAUUUUGUACUGGAAAACA